AUGGCCACAAUAUUGUCGCCAAAUAAAGUGAGCAGGGAUACAAGGAAUAAUCCGGCUGCUGUAGACGCGCUGAAUCCGCCACCCCCACUACCCAGCCUAAUGAUUACCAGGGACGUUGGACGACACUGGUCGGACUCGCGACUUCGUCCAUCUGCAGUGUCUGGUUUGCAUGGACUAGCCUCGAAGUUCGAUGCAGUUAAUGAUGCGAAGGAAGUCGUGGACGAUCAGAAGCUUGUAUUUCAAGAUUCUGGUCUGGACAUCGACGGUGGAAUGUCGCUAUCUUGGUCUCAUUAUGCGGGUUCAUGGGACGACCCUAUGUUCGGCGCCCAAAGCGCCUUCAUUAGUCAACACAGCGGUCCAACACUGCAACCGCACAACUGCUCCCCAGUCUUGUUAUCGAGCGGUCAGGGCGACUUGAUCGCGAUGCCGUUGGAUUACGGUCGUCCGAUCCGGUCGUCCUCUCACGCAUCCUCGUCCUGGGCCAUGUCGGCUGCCGGGUCGGAUAGUGAUUCGUCGAUCGCAUCCGACGGAGAGCAGCAAGAUACAUCGCCCGGACUAAAUGAGCGAAGCCCGAGUGUCGUAAAUCCGCCUCCAAGCGGACCCUGUAGCAAGACUUGGUCUCUUCCUCCAAGGACCCGACGGAAACGCAAGAGAACACCAGAAGACACGACGAAGAGGAAGCAUCGAAAGGCCAGUACCCGUCGACGUGGUCCGUUUAAGGAUGAAAGCAAACGCACCGAAACGGCUCUUACAAGGAAUCUGAAGGGCUGCGUCCGAUGUCGCAUGAUGCGGAUAAGGUGUGAGCCGGAUCAUGAUGAUCCUUAUACUAACGAUUGUCUUACUUGUCAACGGGCACAUCAGUCAAAGGCUCCCAGUAUCCGGAAGCUCCCAUGCCUUCGGAUGAUCAUCACCGAUGUGUCGUUAUAUCGAGAGCAGGAUAUGCCGUGCCAGCUAUUCAGCAGACGAUGGCAGAGUAUGGAGAUCGUCGACAUCACGGACUGGGCAUCAUCUGAGAUCAAGACGAUAACGUUAUCCCAAGUCCACGUCGACGCUCCAUAUGAGGUGCAGGUGAGAAAAUUCAUACCCAAGGAGGGCGAUAUGCUGGAGACGACAUGGACUUCGGGGCCUUAUGUUAGACGCCAUCCAAUGCCACAGUAUGCACUCGCUGAUAUGGAAGGCGCCGCUAAAACGCUGAAGUGGCUAACGGCCAACUAUGUGGGUGCGUACAUCAAAUACGAAGUCGGGAAUCUCGACCUUCUGAUCUGGCGCACCUACUACUUUGCCUUUCUUUAUCAGCAAAAAGCAAAGUCUGCGGUGCAGCCACCACGAGAAAGGGCUUUGAUUAGGGAUUGCCUGCAGUUCUGGGUCGGCUGCCGUAAGAUCAGCAAUCCGGAGUACAUUAAGUACUACUACGAGGCCGUCGGAGGGACACCAGUGGAUGAUCCAAAUAGCCGUUUUCAUGCAAAGGUCCCGAUGCCUGGCAUCAUGAUUGCUCAGAUGGAAUGCAUCAUGUACACCAGAGUCCUCCGUCCUCUCUGCGGUAGAGUGUUGACGGCUCUGAAAGACCUGAUCACGGAGAAUAAACGCGAGCAUUGGUUGACGAUAUACCUAACCUUGUUCAUCUUGCUACACAGCUGCGCGAUGCUAACAAGACGGGACUGGGAGACUGCUCGCGAAUUUGGCUUGCCGAGCGUAUAUGCCAACCGCCUGAGCAUUGAAGGAAUGCAGAAGGGCAUGCAAACCGCGCUGGCUCACUUUCACUACCUGAACAAAGGCGUCCUCCCAUUCCAUCUGACUUACGACGAGAAGUCGUUACGCAGCCUGGCAACCGCCGCGGACCUAGAUAGCGAGGAGCUCGAGUUUGUCAAAGAGACCUCCCAGCACAUCAACCACCCUGCCAGAGCGGCGCGCAUGGCUGAGAUCCGGGCAAAUCGGGAAUAUGGAGACGAUCUGUAUUGGAUUUCACAAUUAUAUGAUGUUGAGUGGGCGCCUGGACCGACUGUUUAGAUCUUGAGAAUAGUACCUAGUAUAAUAGCCGCCAUCCCGUACAAUUAGGAGGUUACCGUGAUUCGAAUAGAUAGAAAGCGUAAUGAAUG